AUGAAGCCGAGUAUGGAAGAAAAUCGGCUCUUGGAAGAUAUGAACGAAGAGGACUACGAGAUAGAAUUUCCUCCCCGACACUCUAACAGAUCAACUUGGACAUUUAGGAGUAUCUUAACAUGUUCUCUACUAAUCUUAUCAAUCUCCAUCAACAUCUUCCAGUGCUGGUAUUUCCAAAAUUUUGCUUCUGAGCGUUCAAAGCAUGCUGGCGUGACUGGAGGAAUCUCAAGAAACUUCGUAACCAACACAGAAUGGAGCAGCGACAACACAACACACGCCGACAUGCUGUGGACGGAACUUAGUCCCGACACCGGCAUGGUCGUCGUCGACGCCGACUACAGCCAAAAGAUGGGCUUGUACCGAACACAGCCUUUCCCGUGGGACCAGAGCAAGAACAUUUACAUGCUCGAGGGCUAUCACAGCCUGCACUGCCUAAUGUACAUCUACCGCGCCCUUCGAGAAUUCGAGCAAGGGAUCCCACAAACGACACCAAUGCACCAUCACAUCCACUGUCUGGACGCAUUAAGGGAGAACGCCAUCUGCUCAGCAGACGACACGCUCCGACCAGCAGGCAGCGGACAAGCCACCCCGCUAGUUCCGGAAAAGCAGCCGCGCAAGCAAUGCCGUGACUGGAAUCAACUAGAGAGGUGGGCGGUGGAGAACUCGGCGUGCUUUAAGCGAUAUCCAGAUGAUGAUCCGAAACACCGUACGCUUGAGGAAUGGAGGAAUUGUCCAGAGAAUUCGCAGUUCAUGCCUUUGGUGAAUAAGUUCUUUAAUGGGAGUUGA